AUGACAGCUCCAGUUCGUGUACUACACGUUGUUCACUCGUUGCCCAUGUCACGCAAUAACACCAUUCAAUUGAGUCGGAAUCAUCAGCUGUGCCGAAAUGACAGCUCCAAUGGGAAGCGCAACUGUUGCUGGCUCUUGAUGCGUGGUUGCAUCCAACACCGCAUGAAGAUGGGAAGCGCAACUGUUGCUGGCUCUUGA